AGAAAAAAACGUGGCGGUGGAGGAUACUCUGUUGUUGUUCGUGCCUGUGUUCCCUGGAUUAUCUCUCUGCCUUGCCCUUUUGGAUACUGUUCGCCCAUCAUUGACCUUUGCUUGCCCUAGGAUUACUCUUUGUCUUGUCCCUGCCAUACCUGUUCGCCAUUGCUCAACCCUGCCUCUAUUUAUGACCAUGCCUGUAAAUAAAAGCUUGCACUUGGAUCCGCACGUCUCAUGUCUCGUCAGCCCCGUUACAGAAUACUCGGCCACACAAGGAUCCAGCAGCUUUUCAAACGGACAUUGGCCAGGUAUGGACACAACAAAAAUAUUAUUUGCCAUUAAACAGGGUCCAGAGUCACAGCUGUCCGUCCAGAGUCACAGCUGUCCGUCCAGAGUCACAGCCCGUCAUGGCUGACCAUCCAGAGUCGGGUCACGUCUCCGCUGACCUUCCAGAGUCACGUCACGUCCGGGCUGACACACCCAGAUCAUCAAGGUGUGUCUGGUGCUGAUACAGAUGUGUCGGUGCUGAUCACACAGAUUCAGUCAGUCUACACACUGGUGUUAAAACAAACCAACAAGAAAAGAUUAAAUGGUAUUUUAAUGACACCCGUAUAGCUCAAAUCAAUGGAGAUCUCAGUAAGACCUGUACAGAUGUUCAGUGUAAUAAAGGCACUGAGAGAUUCAGAGACAGACUGAAGCUGGAUCAUCAGACUGGAUCUCUGACCAUCAUGAACAUCAGCACCAUAGACUUUAUGAACUAGAGAUCAUCAGCGAAAGAAUCAGAAUCAUGAAGCACUUCAGUGUUGUUGUAGAUGGUGUUUCUGCUGCUGAUCGAGACAAAAUGAGAAGAAAGUCAGUGAAGGAGAGAGAAUCUGUCACUUUAGAAUCUGGUGAAAUAAACAAAACUAAUCAUUCGAUGGCGUGGUAUUUUAAUGACAUUCGCAUCGCUGAAAUCAUUGAAGAUCCAAGUGAAAUCUGUGCAGAUGAUCAGUGUAAAGAGAGAUUCAGAGACAGACUGAAGCUGGAUCAUCAGACUGGAUCUCUGACCAUCAUGAACACUAGAACCACAGACUCUGGAAUUUAUAAACUACAGAUCAACAGGAUCAGAUUCAGCAUCAUUAAGAGCUUCACUGUUACUGUCACUGGAAUAUAUGCUUCUGUUCCUGUUGCUGUUGUUGUUGUUGUUCUGCUGCUUGUUGCUGCUGCUUCUGCUUCUGCUGUGAUUUACUAUCGCUGGCACCUUGCUAGAAUGACAGACCAUGUGAUGCAGGUCAGUGAUCAGGCUGAAGUGUUCUCCUUGCUUAACCAUUCUAUUGGUGGUGUCGUUUUAAUUAUGGAGGUGGUCCAAUCCAACAUUUUGAUGACAAAAGUUGCAGUUGUGGAAACCGAGUUGUUUGAGCUGUUUGUUUUCAACAAAAGCUAUUUCUGCUGUGAUGAGGAAUUUUUGCGUUCUGCAGAAUUACAAAUCACGCAGAAGACUUUUCCUCUCUUCAGACUGCAGCCCUGCUGAUGGAGAAUCAUGCUGCUACUGAGACGUCACAGUAACAUUAUUAUUAUUUCAUUGAAAAUGAACAUGAAGAGAAGAUUGGAAAUGAGAGAAGAGCAUCAGCUGAAACUCAAAACACUCUACCAAAACAAUACCAUGAUUUCAGCAUUAGGUACCAGUACUGAAAUAUCACCUAAUUCAAACUAGUUUACAGUAUAAUUCAUGAUUAGAACUAUUAUAAUUUAUAAUUCAGUUAUUUAGUGAUUUAAAUAAUACUUUAAAGAAAUGAAUGUAUUUUUAUAUAAUGUAGGUGCUGCUUCAGAUUUGCAAAAAAGGAAGAAAAAAAGUUAGCAGCAAUAGCGCUUGAGGUUUUUCAGUUUAAAGACGGUUCAUUUAGAACUGAAUUUGAAUCAAGUAAUUUAAUACUUAAAGACAAUCAGUUUUUACGGAGUAUCUGCCAUCAGUCAACACUCAGGUGAUUAAUUGAGUCUGUACUACCAAUACUAGUAAUAUUACAGUCUUUAAAGUUUUACUAUUGUUAUUUGACAACACUAGAGAGGAGCAUGCCUCAUGAAAACACCAGUGUGCUGUUAUUCAUAACAUUCAUGUUACUCAAAGCUGGUGUUUUCAGCAGGAAUCAGUUUAUUUGAGUCUGUAAAGCAGUUUAUUUGUUUGUUUGUUUCUGGUGAUGUAGCUUUAUGGUUAAAGAAAGGUUGAAGGUUCAAAUCGUGCAAGAGUUGAUCCAUGAAAUCUCACCAUUGUGUCCUUGAUCAAACUCUGAAACUCAGGAACUGAACCUGUAAUAACUGCACUAAAAAAACACUGUGGAGGAAAACGGCAACAAAAUACCACAUGUUUUUUUUUUAAUUAUUAUUAUAUUUAAUUAGUUUAUGUUCCAUACUUGUUACUAACUGCUGAACAUCUCUUUAUACUUUUACUUAUAUUAAGUAAAAUUAUAUUAAAUCUAUCUUUUGUUCAAAGAGCUCAUUGUCUGCAUACAGAACAUCAGCAGAUCUCUGAUCUAAAUAAGUGAAUCUCAUUAUUUUUAUUAUUUUCUUAUUAAAUAAUUAAAUCUCAGAUCUGAACUCUGAGAUCUGGGGUUCCCAAAUCAAUGGCAGGGUUUAGAAGUGUCAUCAAGAUGCAUUUUAUUGUAAAUAUCCUCUGAAAAGUAAUUCAGUAAUUGUCUGAAUUAAAUUAAUUGUCAUAUAGUUCAAGUAAAAUAAUAGGCCUACAUACUACAUGGUUAGGGUUAGGAUGAGGGUUUGGUUUAG